CGUGUUCCGCAGAUGGUUCAGUCUCGAUCCCAGACCUCAUCGCUCAAGAGCGAGCCACGCUUGAACGUCGUCUUGUCACAUCACUGGAUCUGCUGAAGUGGCCACGGCUUAGCCACGAAGACUGCGGAGUCUUUGAUACAGCUAAAGCCAAGUUUCCCUGGGGACCACCGAGUCGCCGAUUCGCGGACGAGAAAUGGACGUACUUGAAAUUUCAAGAUCGAUCCCGACCCACGCGUCACGUCUCUGCCGUCUCGCAUGAUGGGGCCCUCUUAGCGGCAUCAUGGCGAUCUGGUUCCAUCACUAUCUGGAGGACGAUGGAUGGCCUCACCCUUCAACAUCUCGGGGACUCGAGCCCUCCCCUCUCAGCCGGCACGUCAAAUGUCCACGAGUAUCCUCCGGACGCUAUCACUGCUGUCGGAUUCUCCGCCAACGAUCAACACCUGGUUUCUGGAUCUGCUGACGCAUCCGUCGUCGUCUGGAAUGUCCAGUCCGGCGAGCGUGUUUUUGCCAUGAGCGGUCACGGCGCUCGGGUGAGCGACGUAACGUACACUCCGGAUGGCUCGCGCAUCGUCAGCGUCUCUGACGACGGCUCCAUUAAGGUUUGGGAUGCUGGGUCAGGAUGGUCGAUCUACACGUACGCUCUCGGGGAGCGUAUAAGCAGGAUCGUCUUCUCCGCGGAUGGUUCGCGAUUCGCUGCGAAGAUGCAUCGCGCUGUCGCUAUCUACGACGCCGGCAGCAUCAUCGUACAACUUACCGUCUUCCAAUCCGACACCGGUGCGAUCUUGGAUGUUGCCCUCUCCCCAGACGGCAAGCGGACGGCCGUUUUGGACAACAACGGCGCUGCGCGUAUAUACCGCACGGACACCUGGGAAGAGCUCAUCGAGCUGCAAGAACACAGUGACCAGGUCAAGUCCUGCGCCUUCGCGCCAGACGGGAUCGAGAUCGCCACCGGCUCGUACGACGGUACGCUCACUGGCCGCAAUUCUUGGACAGGAGAAAUGUACCGUAAAGAAACCAUUGGCUCGUGCGGAACUGCGAUCUCAUACUCACCGAACGGGGCAUUCCUCGCUGCUGCUGGCCGGUAUGGAGAGGUCAUAAUUUGGGGUCCUAAGGCGAGACAGUUUGUCGUCAAGUUCCAGACGUCAGUGCAGUACCUUUCUGGACUUAAAUGGCUUCCGGACAAUCGUAGGCUGCUGUCUUAUGCAGAUGAAGGGCCUUUGCACUUGUGGAAUGUCGGCGAUGCUUUGCGAAUGCGUUCAGGGGAGCAGGAGUCGUAGCCCUUGCCUCCAGUAUCAGUUAUCCUUAUGUGCUCACCUUCU